CGGAUUCGAUUCUGUCUGAAAGGUUCAGCAUGGUCUUUGGGUUUAGGUGUUGUUCGUACAUGUACACUGUACCGACAGCGGCGGCACCGUACCAUCGUCGGGUUGCUUGUGAACGAGUACCGGAACGGUGUACGGAAAACGGAACAGUACGAAGCAACCAAAUCUUAUUAAUGCUUUCAAUGGUGAAAAGCAACCAGUGAGAAGAGAGCAAUAAUUAAAAACGCUACCGUCCCACCCGGUAGGUUCAUUAUGCCUCUCUGUUCAUCCGGUUUCAGGUGUGAAAAAAAGAUUCCUCUACCGCCGCCAAAGAUACCGUUCAAAACAUCUCUCCGUCUCUCCAUGCAACUCCCUCAUUUUCACAACGCAACCCCUUAGUUUGCACAUGCCAAGCUCACGAACAGCUCUGGUCCAUUGCUCUCUUCAUUUGAAGGAAUCCCCUGCCUCCUCCAAAAAAGAAAUUCCACUGUACCAACUGCUUGCUACCGGUAGGCCGGCAGUAGAUUGCGGUUGUGGGUGGCGAAGAAGAUGAUUACCACCACUAGAUACCCCUCCAAUAAUCCGACUACCAUAGGGAGGGACAAAGAUCGGGAUACUCCUUCAAACUUUGAGUUGUCCAAUGUGGUUGUGAGCCAAGCCUCAAUUGUGCUUCCAUUCAGCCCUCGUACCGCCUACUUUGCCUUUUCGAACUUUAGCCGACACUCAGAAUGGAACCCUCAAUUGACCAAGGUCGAGUAUGUGGACGGGUCGAGGAAUGAAGCCAGGUGGACGAUGGAGAGCUACGGGAUCAAAUUUGGCUGGUCAACCGUUCCGGUACGGCAAGAACCCAACAAACUGCUGGUGUGGCGCAGUGUGAAGGGGCUUCAGCUUCAGGGAAGAGCCGAGUUUGAAGAGUACGAAGAAGGUCAAACGAGGAUGCUCUUUACUAUGUGCUACGUGGCUCAGAGAAAAGUCAAGUCUUCAUCCUUUGCAGGCCCGAGCAAACGUGAGAGUGCUCAAUUGAGAAUGAUGUUGGAGUCGUUUCGUGAUGCAGUGUCCAAGGAAUUGAAGAGCGAGAAGUCGCAGGAGGAGGAAAGCGCAGAGUAAGCAGUAGAAUGCAAGCCAAGCAGAAAAGUGGAAACCCAUUAGUAUUGUCAUUUUAAUAGUCUAGCUCAAUACGACAAACG